GAUUGGGAGCGAGAACUACAGCCCGUGCGUGCGCGGUACCCCGCCUUCUGUCCAAAUUGAUCUGUUCCUUGCACCUAAGUAAACGCUAUGUCAGGUUGGGAGUCUUAUUACAAAAACGAAGGCGAUGAAGAAGAAGAAGAAGAAGAGGGCCUUGAAGCAGGUGGAGAAUAUACAUAUUCAGGAAGAGAUAGUUUGAUUUUUUUGGUUGAUGGUUCUAAGGCCAUGUUUGAAUCUCAGAGUGAAGUUGAACUGACUCCUUUUGACAUGAGCAUCCAGGAGUUGGAUAAUCCAGGUGCUAAGCGAGUGCUUGAGCUCGACCAGUUUAAGGGGGAGCAGGGGAAAAAACAUUUCCAAGAUCUCAUUGGCCAUGGAUCUGACUACUCACUAAGUGAAGUGCUGUGGGUCUGUGCCAACCUCUUUAGCGAUGUCCAGGUCAAGAUGAGCCAUAAGAGGAUCAUGCUGUUCACCAAUGAAGAUGACCCCCAUGGCAAUGACAGUGCCAGAGCCAGCCGGGCCAGGACCAAAGCUGGGGAUCUCCGUGACACAGGUAUCUUCCUGGACUUGAUGCACCUGAAGAAACGUGGGGGCUUUGACAUAUCCUUGUUCUACCGAGAUAUCAUCAGCAUAGCAGACGAUGAGGACCUAGGGGUUCACUUUGAAGAGUCGAGCAAGCUGGAAGACCUGUUGAGGAAGGUUCGAGCCAAGGAGACCAAGAAGCGCAUGCUCUCCAGCCUGAAGCUUAAACUCAGCAAAGAUAUAGCGCUCACUGUUGGCAUUUAUAAUCUGGUCCAGAAGGCUUACAGACCUCCUCCAGUGAGACUUUAUCGGGAAACCAAUGAACCAGUGAAAACCAAGACCCGGACAUUUAAUGUGAACACAGGCAGUUUGCUUCUGCCUAGUGACACCAAGAGGUCUCAGAUCUAUGGGAAUCGUCAGAUUGUGCUAGAGAAAGAGGAAACAGAAGAGCUGAAACGGUUUGAUGAACCAGGUUUGAUUCUCAUCGGUUUCAAGCCCUUGAUAAUGCUGAAGAAGCACCAUUACCUGAGGCCCUCCCUAUUUGUGUACCCCGAGGAGUCCCUGGUAAAUGGGAGCUCAACUCUGUUCAGUGCUCUACUCACCAAGUGUCUGGAGAAGGAGGUCAUGGCGGUGUGCAGAUACACCCCCCGUCGGAACACCCCUCCUUAUUUUGUGGUCUUGUUGCCACAGGAAGAGGAGCUGGAUGACCAGAAAAUUCAGGUGACUCCCCCAGAUGACACAGAUGCAGAGCCAGGUAAAGCUGCCAAAUAUGGUUGUGCAGUGCACAACAUAAGUGAUGCCUUUGAGAACCCAGUGCUGCAGCAGCACUUCAGAAACCUGGAGGCCUUGGCUUUGGAUUUGAUGGAGCCUGAACAGGCAGUGGAUUUGACACUGCCUAAAACUAAAGCAAUAGAUAAGAGACUUGGCCCCCUGGUGGAUGAGUUUAAGGAGCUUGUCUACCCACCUGAUUAUAAUCCUGAAGAAAAAGUUUCCAAGAGGAAACAAGAUGAUGAAGGUUCUGGAAGCAAAAGACCCAAAGUGGAGUUAUCUGAAGAGGAGCUGAAGGCCCAUGUCAGCAAGGGCACGCUGGGUAAGCUCACUGUGCCCAUGCUGAAGGAAGUCUGCAAGGUGUAUGGGCUGAAGGGUGGGUUGAAGAAGCAGGAGCUGAUGAACAUGCUCACUGAGCACUUCCAGAAGAACUGACCAGAGACUGAACAGCUAGCCACCCUUCUGUACUAUUGCCAGGCUGCCUGGGUUGUUCUCAUCAAGUUAAAACCUGUUUCUUCUGGGCCAGGAAGAGUCUGUCUGAUAGAAGCCAGGAACUUUACAUUUAUGAGACUUUCUGUUGCCAUGGAGACAGCA